ACAACAAUCGGAUUGCAAUGAGAGGGACUUAGUGCUACAGGUUCAGGAUUAUUGUAGUUACCCGGUCAAGAUGGCCAGUGGAACGAUGGCGAAAGGUAGAAGAGUUUCUUCCGGUGGCGCUGUUCCCAAGCAGCAGCAGCAACAUAUGGACACCGAGGGCGACGAGCACGAGUACAUGGCCCUCAGUCGCAAAUUGCAGAGCAAGGUGGAAGCGUUGAAAAUACUGCGCUACGAGCUGGAAAAGUGUCGUACCGAGCGGGACCAAUUUAAGCUGAUGGCCGAAACGAUCCAGCUGCGCUACUCGGCCAUCAAGAACAGUCUCAACUCGCCCGACUUUCAAGCGGCUGGCUUCGGCAACAGUUCCGCCGUUAGCUUACUCGUGAAGCAGACACGCGAACGCAGCGAAGCCCUCACGACGGAGGUCGAAGCGCUCAAGCAACGGCUGUACGAUCUCGAGGGCGACAUAAAGGUGAUACGCGCGCGAAAUGUAGAACUACAGGACACGUGCGGCAAACUGCGGACUGCGAACGAUUCCCUCCUGACGGCCACCGGUGAUAAGACGUGGCAGUCCGAAAAGUCACAACUGAUCGCCCAGCUGGAGGCGCUGCGCAAACGGAACGCUCAGCUUCAGUACGAUUUUCGUUCGUUACUUGACGAAAAAGAGGAAACCGUGACCGAGCGGGAUGCAUACAAGUGCAAAGCGCACCGCCUGAACCACGAGCUGAACGUGGCGUUACGGGGAACCAACGGCGGUGGUCAAGAGUCACCGGAGCAACAGAAACAGCCCCUGCUCGACAUCGACGGGCUCAUACUGGAGAACAAAUAUCAAGCGGAGAAGAUUGUGAACGUCGAAAACGAGCUCCUUCUGGCACGGCAAGCGGCCAGCAAGUAUAAGUCCAUGCUGGAAACUAACCGAAAGAAGGGGAUCAUUAAGUUUGGCACUAACAACAAUAACAAAACGAUCAUGUCUCACUCACAAGUUAAACACCUGCUGGAGAACGGGACCGUCGACGAGCUACCGUUGAAGGCGGCGACAAUAUCCGACCUAAAGUCACUCUGCUUGGCGCUGCUGGACAAUGUGAACGACAAAAGCCUCGCACUGGCCCACCAAAAACGGACCAACAAACUGUUGGCCACCAAAAUAGCCGAACUAGAGCAGCGCAUCAAAAUGCUUGCCGGGUGUGACGACCGAACGACACUUGCUUCGCUUUCGCCUUCGCAGUACCUCCUGAACGGGUACAGCUCGGCCACGGUAGAUCAGGACCUGGACGCGGAGGCGUUGAUCGGUCGCCAGCGGAAGAAGGCCGCAUCGGAGGAAAAUGAAACGCUUCGAGAUCAGAUGAUGCCUCCGGAGGGGCAAAGUUCGAGUGGUCCAUCGCACGGAAGUGGCCAGCGUACGGAACCGCUGUCGUCGAGCUCGAACAAAAGCGCAUUGCUCAGCUGUUCCGAUGACGACGGCGACGACGAUCGCGAUGGUGACGGUGAAAUCGAAAAUGGCGGUCGGCGGACGGCUGACAGUUCGACCUCGACUGCUUCCAACACCGCCGAACUGAAGGCUACCAUCGCACAGCUCGUGGCCACGGUCGAGCGUGAGUUCGAUCCUAACGAACCGAUACCGCCCCUUCCGGACGACAUCGUGGCGCUAAUUGAACAAUUUCGGCAAGCCCCGGGCGAAAGUAGCCCCUGAACUCCUGCUGCCCCCAGAUAUUCUGUUACUCCGUUUGAAAAGUGUAUCCCGAUUCUGUUUUGUUUGGCGCGAUCAGUGGCGAGGGUAAUCAGAACCGCCUGUAUCCGACUAACUAUUGACGUU